AGGCCACAGUAACUGUUCACAGUAUAUAUUCUAGAAUUGGAAUCUUGUUGAGAACAACUCUUGCUGACUAUGAGGGUUCCAUCAAUGUCCUGAUGGAUGAAGUUUCCAGUGACAUGGGAGACAGAGACACCAAAUGGACUUCCCAUAGUUUGUGUCUGGAGAGCAUAGCGAACUCCAGCAGCGAAGAGGAAGACUCUGCAGCCACCCAAACAUCAUUGAUGCCCUGUCCAAAGGAAGGCAACUCCAAGGAUGGCAAGGAUUCAGAAGAAAGGAGCAACGUGGUGCCUGUAAUUCAUCUCCUCCUCCAUGUCUUGUACAAACUCUUUUCUGCCAUCCAUAAGCAGCUUUUUGGAGCCCUCCCCAUUCAAUUCUUUUAUAAUUCCCACGCUAAUAUACCUGGACUCAUACAGGCACUGAUGCCUUGCACAUGCAGCUUGUAUGCAACCUCUCUGCAGAAUCUCUCAGUCCCUUUCUUAGUGUCCUUCUGGACACUUAGUGUCACCCUGGUGCUGAAGCAUGAAGUCUGGAGAAAAUGGCCGAGGAGGGAGUGGGUCUGGAACUCAGCAGGGCUGAGCCCAAAUUUUUGGAGCUGCCUCAGGAAGUGGGGAUCUACCUGGGUGAUGUCUCUGUGUGCUUCCUCCCUAGAUGGACCUGGUCAUGCUGGAUUAUUCUCUUCCUUUCAGUUCCCAAGAAGCACCCCUUCACCAGAUUUAGGAUUAAAAUCAAGGGAAGCAGGUUUGCAGUCACCAGAGGAACAAAUGCAAAUGUGGUAAGGAAACCUGGGCACGUGUUCUCCAUCUCUGCAUAGCUUACAUGUCAAUUCAGGAAAACCAUCCAAAACCUGGGAUGCUGCCCAGGCUUGUGACCACAAAGAGGAGAUAAGAAUAAUGCCAUAAUCCCUGUAGGCACUGAAGGAUAUCCUGAGCACACUCCCCAAGGAACCUUAAUCCAGUCUAUACAAGGCUCUGAAGUGCUGGGCUGUCAUUCCACCAGCAGCUGCUGAACCUGGAAGGAGUGCUGUGGAUGCCAGUAAGGGACCCUGGAGGGAAGAAUCCAGGAGGCAUAUGCACUGUAUUCUGAGAAGAGAGCCCAGGAGUUGAUCAUCAUCUCACCCUGCAGGAUUCAGCCCUGUCCUCCCAACCUGCUCAAGUCAACCAAGAGCUUCCACAGAACAUCACUAGUGGGCAUGAGACAUUGGGCAGUUUUUGAUCACCCCUUCAAACAUCCAGGAGCUUAGGGAACAUGACAGAGUUCCCGAGGUUCAUGCUAGCAGGACAGCUCAACUCGCCUAGCUGUGCAUCUCUGGGAGCACUUAGUAGAUGCAGUUUCAAUGGGGAGGGGCUUGUAGGAUUCCUACCUGAUUGGGAGAUUCCAAUGUCCUUGGGUCCCCUGAAUCUCCAAUGAUGCCAUGAGUGAUGCGGGGUCACCUCAGGUAACACUUCCCAGUAUGAGUUUCAGGUUCUGUAGAUGCUGCCUCAUGUGUAGUCAAGUCGAUCAGGGAAGUCCACACUGUCUGUUACCCACACACUCAUGUCCUGUAGUCAGUGUGUAAAGUCACAUCCAUGUGAAGCAGGAGCACAUAUCACCACCAUGUAUACCUAGACACUCAAAUGUGACAGGGUCCACAGCAGAGCAGAGCAUGUUGAGAGCUCUCAGAGUGUGAAUAGGACAGGAAAGCAGUAGAAGAACUCAGCAGUCAAAAAUGU